AUGCGUGAUAAAAUUCGUCAAUUGAUGGAUGGGUUAAGACCUGAAUUCCCUCAUACCUGUUCAAACAUUUAUGCCAACAAUAUUAGACAAACAAUUAAAGCUGUUGAAAAUGACUUUCCUGGAGGUAUGAAAUUAUUUGCAUAUUUUAUGAUACCAGGAUAUUUAUCAACUAGUUCAUUACCUCCCAUUCAACAAAAGGAUCAUCAAAUUCCAAGUAUGAGAAUAGAAAAUGGCAAAGAAUAG